AUGGUUAGGACCUGUGAUGAUAUCGCCUGUAAAGACGUGUGGACAGAGUUGACCUCAGGGUUGAUUGCAGGAGUGGGUUCCUGGGUGAACUCGUGGAGCGGCUCCAUUGAGAUUGGGGUGACUGCCCUGGACCCCGACCACUUGGACUUCCCCAGCAGUGCCACAGGGCUGAAAGGUGGCUCAUGGGUCAUCUCUGGCUGCUCAGUGCUGCGGGAUGGGCGCUCCAUCCUUGAGGAGUAUGGCCAGGACUUGGAUCAGCUGGGUGAGGGUGACCGGGUGGGCAUCCAGCGCACUGCCAACGGGGAGUUGCACCUCUGGGUAAACGGUCAGGACUGCGGUGUGGCCGCCACCGGCAUCCCGCCCCGAGUCUGGGCUGUGGUGGAUCUCUACGGCAAGUGUACGCAGGUCACUGUUGUGCCCUGUGAGCCAGAGGAGACUGAGGAAGGAGCUGCAGGAGAUGAAGCCCUGGCCCUGCCCCGUAACCAGAGCCGCCCGGAUAAAUUCCCCAACAGCUUGGAGUCUGAGAACGGCUUGUCCAGCAUGGAACUGUCGGAGGUGGUGAGCAACGCCAUCUUGUCAGCCUACAAUGACAGCCUGCUGAGUGUGAGUCUGGGUACCCCUGUUUGUUUAUGCUUUGCUCCUGCCCCAUUGGUCUGUUCCCCUCCCAUCUCUCUGUCCAUCCCUGAUUCCCAUUCCUCAUGUAUGUCUGUCCGUCCAUCCCUCCCAGGCUUGUCCAGCAUGGAACUGUCGGAGGUGGUGAGCAACGCCAUCUUGUCAGCCUACAAUGACAGCCUGCUGAGUGUGAGUCUGGGUAGCCCCCCAUCAGGCGAGGGCCCCCCAGGUGGGGGCAGCGCCCCCCUCAUCGCUCUGCUCUUCCAUGAGAAGUGCGGCACCCUCAUCAAACUCAGCAACAACAACAAGACAGCCGAGCGGCGCCGGCCACUGGACGAGUUCAACAAUGGCGUGGUCAUGACCAACCGCCCACUGCGGGACAAUGAGAUGUUUGAGAUUCGCAUUGACAAGCUGGUAGACAAGUGGUCAGGCUCCAUCGAGAUCGGGGUGACCACCCACAACCCCAAUAGCUUGGAAUACCCUGCCACCAUGACCAACCUGCGCUCUGGCACGAUCAUGAUGAGCGGCUGUGGGAUCCUGACCAACGGCAAAGGGACACGGCGGGAGUACUGCGAGUUCAGCCUGGACGAGUUGCAAGAGGGAGAUCACAUUGGCCUGACGCGGAAAUCCAACAACGCCUUGCACUUCUAUAUCAACGGCAUCGACCAAGGUGUGGCUACCACUCUCACCCCGCAAGUGGUGUAUGGCGUGGUGGAUCUCUACGGUAUGGCAGUGAAGGUCACCAUUGUGCACAACCACAACCACAGUGACCGGCUGCGGCGCAACAACGCCAUCAUGAGGGCACUCUCCCCAGAUGUGGGGCGCCGUGCCCUGGAGGCCAGCGGGGUGGGCGAACCUGACCCAGAGCGGUUGCUCUUCCAUGCCAACUGCGGACAGAAGGCAGCCAUCAUCAAUGAGGGGCGCACGGCCCUGCGCCCACAUGCCACGGACGAUUUUAACCAUGGAGUUGUCCUCAGCAAUCGUGCCCUGCGCAACAACGAGGUCUUCCAGGUGCGGAUUGACAAGAUGGUGGACAAGUGGGCAGGCUCCAUUGAGAUCGGGGUGACCACCCACAACCCCACCUACCUGCAGCUGCCCUCCACCAUGACCAACCUGCGCUCAGGCACCUGGAUGAUGACAGGCAAUGGGGUAAUGCACAAUGGCACCACCAUUCUGGAUGAAUACGGGCACAACCUGGACCGGCUCAAGGCGGGUGACACUGUGGGCGUGGUGCGCAAGGAGGAUGGCACGCUGCACUUCUUCGUCAACGGGGUGGCACAGGGGCCAGCCGCCUGGAACGUGCCCCCCAAUGUGUAUGCUGUGGUGGAUCUGUAUGGGCAGGCAGCACAGGCCACGAUCCUCGACGACACGGAUCUGCUUCCACUGCCCGAUGAUCUAUCAGAAGGCAACAACCAGGUGUCGCCCAGCAGCCCUUCGUCCGUGGCCUCAGUGAGCGACUUGCGUUUCCACCAGCUGCACGGCAGCAACGCAGUGAUCACCAACGGCGGGCGCACAGCCCUUCGUCAUUCCUGCCCCAACGGGGCUCAUUGGUCUCCACUCCCCCCAUGUAGGGCGCUCCGAGAUGGAGAACUCUUUGAGAUUGUCAUUCAGAAGAUGGUGGAUCGCUGGUCUGGCUCUAUAGAGGCAGGGGUCACAGCCAUCCGGCCUGAAGACCUGGAAUUCCCCAACACCAUGACAGACAUCGACUAUGACACCUGGAUGCUCAGUGGCACAGCCAUCAUGCAGGACGGCAAUACCAUGCGCAACAACUAUGGCUGUGACCUGGACUCGCUGACCACAGGCUCCCGCAUUGGCAUGAUGCGCACAGCCAAGGGGGACCUUCACUACUUCAUUAACGGCGUGGACCAGGGCGUGGCCUGCUCUGGCCUGCCCUCUGGCAAGGAGGUGUAUGCCGUGGUGGAUCUCUAUGGUCAGUGCGUCCAGGUGUCCAUCACCAGCGCCACAGGCCCCAUGGACAACAGCCUGUCGACCAGCAACAUCACCGAGAAAUCCUUCCCCAUCCACUCACCAGUGCCAGGCGUGGCUCACCGCUUCCACAACAGCUGUGGGAAGAACGUGGCCUUCCAGGACGAUGGUUGUCGGGCUGUGCGCCUGGCGGGCUACUGCCAUGGCAUCAUCUUCAGCAUGAAGGAGCUGAAGACUGAUGAGGUCUUUGAGGUGAAAAUCGAGGAGCUGGAUGAGAAGUGGUCAGGCUCCUUCUGCUUGGGGCUGACCACGCUGUUGCCCUCUGAGGUGCCCUAUGCGGCCACGGGGCUGCCGGCCUCCCUGCUGGAGCUGCAGUCUAAGGCCACAUGGGUGGUGACUGGCUCUGAGGUGCGGCGCAAUGGCCUCCUGCAAAAGCAGAACUACGGCUGCUCUCUGGAGAGGCUUGGGGUGGGAAACCGUGUCGGGGUGAAGCACUGUGUGGACGACACCAUGCACAUCCUGGUUGAUGGCGAGGACAUGGGGCCUGCUGCUACCGGCGUGGCCAAGAACGUCUACGUGGUGCUGGAUUUGUAUGGCCGCGUCACUGCCGUCUCCAUUGUCAGCUCCACGGUGCUGGAGGAGUCAGAUGGCACCAAGCCACCCUCAGUCACCUCCGAGACAUGCAGUGAGGAAGAAGAGGAGGAAGAGCCCGCACCUUGUGAGCAUGAGGCCCCCGUGCCGCUGGCUGCCAUGGAGUUCCUGGAGAACCACGGCAAGAACAUCCUUCUAUCCAAUAGCAACCUGACGGCCACCCGUGUGGCCAGUUACAACCAGGGCAUCGUGGUCAUCGCUCAGCCCUUGCCCCCAGGCCAGCUCUUCCAGGUUCAGAUCAACUUCCUGAACCCCCAGUGGACAUCGUCUCUGUCCCUGGGCGUCAUCGGCACCUCACCUGAGCGCCUCAAUUUCCCUGCCACAGCCUGCUCCCUCAAGCGCUCUGCCUGGCUACUGCAGCGUGACUCUGUCUUCCAUAACUCACUCAAGAUCUGUGAAAACUAUGGGCCCAACUUGGACACGUGCCCUGAGGGGACAGUGCUGGGGCUCCUGCUGGACUUGAGCAGCUGCUUGCACCUCUAUGUCAACGGGAUGGACCAGGGGGUGGCUGCCCAGGACAUCCCCACACCCUGCUACAUGCUUGUCGACCUCUAUGGGCAGUGCGAGCAGGUUACCAUAGUAACAAAUGAUACUCCAGCUCUGGGAGGGGAGAGCACAGAUCUGCAUAGCCAGGGAGACAUGGAGAAAGCCGACAUGGUGGAUGGCAUUAAGGAAAGUGUGUGUUGGACUCCACCCGUGGACAUGAACACUAUGAAGACCUGUGAGUACCACGCGCUUUGUGCCCGCUUCAAGGAUCUCCUGCUGCUUCCAGAUGACUACUUCGCAGAAGAUCCCAAAUUCAGCCUCUGCUACUGUGAGUCGUGCCACAAGCUGCGGGGCGAUGAGGCCUAUUAUAAACGGGGGGAGCCCCCCCGGGACUAUGCCCUGCCUUUUGGUUGGUGUCGCUUCAACCUCAGGGUAAACCCCCAGCUGGAGGUCGCCAGCACCUGUAAGAAGUGGCACAUGGCUUAUCACGGCACAAGUGUCGGUGCUGUCCGGAGGAUGCUGGACCAAGGGGAACUGGGGGCAGGCAGUGCGUCCAUCCUGAGCUGCCGGCCUGCCAAGGUGGACCCCCAGGGUGGAGGAUACCAUGAGGCAGAGAACAGUUCCCCAGGCCAUGGGGCUGAGCCCCAGUGCAUCCUGCUUUCGCCCACCCUGCGCUACGCUGGCCUGGAGGCCUUCGCCACCAAAGUGCAAUUCCGGGACCCCAAGUCACAGCGGCAACAUGGGGCACAGGUGGCCUUCCAAGUGUGUGUGCGCCCUGGCUCCUACAAGCCAGGCCCCCCAUCAGCUGGUGCCCCUGAGCCCCCGGACCCUCGUUUCAGCAUGGCUGAGAUAGAGUGGGUCACCAAGGAGAAAGGCGCCACCGUGCUCUAUGGCCUGCUUGUGCGUGUGGAGUGACCCUCCCCACAGCCAGCCAGGGGGAAAUCUACCACCACCCUCCAAUGGACCGUAACCCCCCCCAGUGGCUGGAGGCAUGGGGAGCAGCAGAUCUGCAGCGCACAUCUUUCUCCCACCCUGGACCAGCAGGGGGCACUGGAUGCUGGGAGGGGCUUUCAGCAGUAUGACCCCCUCCAUCCCGAUUCCAGAAGGAAGAUUGGUUUUUUGGGGGGUUGUCUCUCUGCAGCAUGCUCUCCCUGUGCUCAGCUGGGGAUAAUCACCAGAGGAACUUGCCUUUCUUGGGUAGGGGGGGUUAUCUUCAGUGUGUAUCACCCCCACACACACGUCUGCACUCUUCCACCCCCCCUAUGGCCUAGCCUAAGGGGGGAGAAUUUGGACAAGAUACAGAGUCUGACACUGUUUUAAAUCUGGGGGGAAGCCCCUCCCCCCAUACACACAGCUCCCUCUGGUGCCCAGAGCUGUAUUUUGCACAUAGAAAAAGCUAAGAGGGGGCAGACUUGGGGGGAAAUUACAGCAUGGUGGGAGAUUUUGGGGGGGGGAAUAUAUUGCACCACAAAAGACUUAAUUUCUUAGGGAGGACCUACCUCUGUGGGGGAGAUCUCUACCCUUCCACACUUAAAUAGCUUAGGGAGAGUAAGUACCCCUGGCACAGAUUGCUAUGAUGGGGAGUCACCUUCCAUGGCUGGGGGGCCCUGAUCUUGCCUCCCAAGGGGGGGACUCUCAUUCGGAGGGAAAGUUUCCCAAUGAAUAUUUCAAGGAAGUGCUAGAUUCAGUUAUUGGGGUGUGGGAGAGUUGGAGUAGCCGGGGGGAGUUGGGGGAAUUUGUUCUUUUAACUCCCUCUUUGUUCCCCCGUUUGGCAAGCCCCCUGCUUUGAGGAGGAGGGAUGUUGAAUUGUAGCACUUAGUGGUGGUUCUAGCCUGCCCCCUCUCUGGCUUGGGGGAGGGAGGCAGGGGACUCCCUGUUUUUUCCACACCAUAGUGGAGGGGAAAGGUUGGCCAGGUUACCUUGCCUCCAUCCCCCUCCCACCUUCUGCAACCACUGUCCUACACCCCUUUCCUGUGCAGUAAGCACUGCUCCUGUGGUGCCAGUAGCCCCCAAAAUCAGCCCUACUGUCCCCUCACCCAACCAUCCCUCCUUAUUUAUUACCUAUUGGUGUUGUUGAAAUGUGAAUUUCCUCGUGGGGGAACCUUGGGGGGGCAGGUUUAGCACUCCUUCCCCACCUGUUACUUUUUUAAAAGUUUUAUUUAAGCUGCUUUUCCAUUGUAAGGUUGGGGGGAGGUGAAGUUGCAUUAUGGGGUGGAAUGGAGGGUUCUUAGAGCCCCCUAAUUGAUAAACCACCAUUCAGCCACCUCA